AUGGAUUCUAUUGUUUUAGUGUUUAAUGUUGGUGAAUAUCGUCGUGAUGCUGUUAAUUUCUAUGCCGACAAAGAUUUUUUUAAUCCCGAUAAUGUUGACGCAGUAGCUGUUCGAAAUCAAUGUGCCCAACAAGCUCUUGAAGAUAUGUGCAAUUAUCUAGCCCAUGAUGGUGAAGUAGCUAUAUUUGAUGCAACAAAUACAACAUGUGGACGUCGUCAAAGUAUUUACGAAUAUUGUACGCAAACAUUUUGUUUCCGUGUGUUUUUUGUUGAAUCAAUAUGUGAUUCAUCUGACAUCAUUGAAUCGAAUAUUCGCGAAGUAAAAUUAAAAAGUCCUGAUUAUAAAGAUGUUCCACAAUCAGACGCUGUUUCGGAUUUUCUUUCACGUAUUCAACAAUAUGAAAAACGUUAUGAAACAAUUGAUGAUGUAUCAGAAAGACAUUAUUCGUUUAUUAAAAUAUUUAAUUGUGGUGAACGUUUUCUUGUGAAUAAAAUAGGCGGUCAUAUUCAAAGUCGUGUUGUGUAUUUUUUAAUGAAUAUUCAUAUUUUACCAAGAACAAUUUAUUUAACACGACAUGGAGAAUCAUCAUUGAAUCAAGAAUAUCGUCUUGGUGGUGAUCCACCAUUAUCAGCAAAUGGAAAAUUGUAUGCAGAAGCAUUAUCAGAAUAUAUGGCUCAUGAAAAUAUUCCGGAUUUAAUUGUUUGGACAAGUCAAAUGCAACGAUCUGUUCAAACAGCAGCUAAAAUCAAUGCUCCUAAAGAACAAUGGAAAGCAUUAAAUGAGAUAAAUGCUGGUAUAUGUGAAGGUUUAACAUAUAUGGAAAUAGCUGAACGUUAUCCUGAAGAACUUGUUGCUCGUGAUCAAUCGAAAUUUUAUUAUCGUUAUCCAGGAGGAGAAUCUUAUCAAGAUCUUGUCGCACGUCUUGAACCAGUUAUAAUGGAAUUAGAACGAGCUGAAAAUGUUCUUGUUGUUUGUCAUCAAGCUGUUGCACGUUGUAUACUUGGCUAUUUUCUUAAUAAGGAUGCUGAUGAACUUCCAUAUACGAAAGUACCACUACAUACAGUUAUUAAACUAACACCAGUGGCUUAUGGUUGUUUAAUGGAAUGUAUACCAUUACCAGUCGAAGCUGUUAAUACACAUCGUAAUAAACCAAAGAAUUGUCGACCUGAUCGAACACCACAAGAUGCAUUAAAUGAUUUUCUUGUCGAACAAGAUACAAGACCAGUUGCACGAACAAAAAGUGAAAUUUUUUAUAAUAGUAGUGGAACAAAAAUUAAAACAACACACAUCGAUGGAAAUCGUCUUCAGCGAAAAGACAGUACAAGUACUGAUCCAGCAUUGAAUAAUAUUUGUUCGUUAGUUCAUGAUUGUCAUUCAACACAUACAGAAUAA